CCUCACCCGGUUGCAAAGGGAGGCCCAGAAGGAGCUGGCUCUCAGGAGGCCCCUCUGGAUUGGGGACUCUCCAGGCCGCGGGGAUGCGGGCUGCUGCCGGAGUCUGGCUGCCCCUCGUACCGCUGUAUCUGCUCCUGCUGCUUCAGAGCUCCGAGGGCCAGAAUCCCAACGAGGACUGCAACCUGGCCUUGCGCAACGAGACCUGCAACUGUAGGCUGGCCGCCAGGUUCCUCCACUGCUCGAACGGCUCGGCCAGCGCGAACCUGACUUGCAGAAACCUCGCGGGCAAUGAUUCCAACCUCAUCCACUACCAUCAGGAGAGCUGCAGGGGCUUGGGCCUCGGGGCCAUCGUGGGCAUCAUCCUGGGGCUGCUGCUGUUGUUAGCCGGGGUCGUCGUGGGGACCUUCCUGGGGAUCCGAAGGAAACGAGGGUGGGAAGCCCCGGAAUCCUGCCCCCGGAAGCCUUCGGAGAGCAGCGGCAGCUCGGCCCCAGUCUGGCAACCCCGUUACGGCAGUCGGAACUGCAGUUCUGAGCAGUUCCCUGUGACCACUUCCCCCAACCACUCUGCAGCCCCAGGCCCAAGCAGUACCGGGGCUCUGCUCUAUCAGAACUUGUUUCUGGGCCCCCCGUCCGGCCUCCACAGCCCUAAUUCCAAGGAGAGUGGGACUUUGCCAGAGUCGGAAGACCUUUAUAUGAACUAUGAGGACAGUCCCAUGUCUGAGCAGCCCAUCUAUAGCAACGUGGACAACCUGACGCGCACCCCAGACUUCUCAGAACUCCCUCAUCCUGGGGCGGAGGAUGAGGAUGAGUAUGUGGUGCCAGGGUGCUGAACUCAUCGGACUGGGAAGCCGCCCCGCACCCAGGGCCAGCUCCCGGGUCCUAUCUGACCUUAUGCAAGCGGACUGCACCCCAGGACUCCAGGAAGCCGGGGACCGGACAGAGUUUGGGGGAGCCUCGAAACUUUAAUAAAGAAAUUCCCUAUUGGUUGCACUGUUUCAGCCCAGCCCACCUCCCUUCCUUCUUCGUCCAGGGUCCAAUUCUGGUCACCUGAGCUCUUCUGGCCCCCUUCCUACGACAGAGAAGAGCUGACCAAGCCGGAAGCCACCCCU